AUGAGUCAGCCACGUACCCAUGAACAAACGCUUGCCAAUGAACCAUGGUACCAUGGAUUGUUGCCCAGAGAGGAUAUGAAAGUGUUGUUGACCCAGCGGGGUGAUUUUUUGGUGAGAUUCACGGAUCCGAAAGUUGGAGAACCGAGGAAGUUUGUGCUUUCCGUUUAUGUUGGAGUCGCUGAUGAUAUCCGUCACUACGUGAUUCGAGAGUACGAGAACAAGUUUGCUGUGGAUGCAAAGUGGUUUGCGACGAUUCCUGAUCUUCUGAACUACCACCAUCGAACGAAGGAACCAGUGGCCAUCGGGUGCCAAGAAUCAGUCCUAAUCCGUCCGAUCGGCCGAGAGCCAUGGGAAAAGCAACAUUCCGAUGUUACCCUACUCAAGAAGCUAGGAGAAGGAGCAUUCGGAGAGGUACAAUUGGGCGAGAUCCGUAUUGGGAAUACGGUCAAAAAGGCUGCUAUAAAAUUGGCAAAGCUGGAGGCGUUGACGAAGGAGCAAAUCAAGGAAAUCAUGCAUGAAGCUAGGCUGAUGAGAAAAUUCAAACAUCCCAAUGUUGUUACUUUUUAUGGAGUGGCUGCUGGUCAAGAACCAUUGAUGGUUAUUAUGGAAUUGGCUGAAAACGGGGCCCUUGAUUCUUACCUGAAAAAGAACAUUGGCAAUUUGCCUAUUUCAAAGAAGAACGAUAUGAUUCUUCAAGCUGCUCUGGGACUAGAAUACCUUCAUUAUCUCAAUAUCAUCCAUAGAGAUAUUGCGUCUAGAAAUUGUCUUUAUGGCGGUGGACAGGUCAAAAUAUCCGACUUUGGAUUGUCUCGAGAAGGAUCCAGUUAUCGAUUGAAUCCCCAUAAAAAAGUUCCAAUCAGAUGGCUGGCUCCAGAAGUGCCACGUACUGGAUUUUAUACUCCUAAAACCGACGUCUUCGCGUAUGGAAUCAUGUGCUGGGAGGUGUAUCAUGAUGGGACAGAACCGUAUCCAGGGAUGAAAGUGGCUGAGGUGUUGCCGAAGGUUCAGGAGGGAUAUCGGAUGCCAUUUGAGGCUAAAGGAGUAGCAGCGGCGGUGGUGAAGUAUGUCACAGACCGUAUCUGUGCAGGCACCGAACAAGAACGUGUCACGAUGUUGGAAGUGGUUCGUGAGCUUCCCAAUCUUGAUGGUUUUGAGCAAGCACCCAUGUCCAAUAGCUACUUUGAACUUCCUGGUGGCGGGAAAGUGACAAAAGUGGAGCUAGAAGGAUCCAAGAAUCAGAAUCAGGUCAUCAAUAUUCUCCCUCACAUGUCCCACCCCGUUGUCACACCCAAUUUCGGGGAAGUUCCAUUGCAGCAGAAAAAGUCACUCUUGAAUACCGAUGAAGAGGGAAUACGCAAAACUAAGAAGCCAGUUCGUGCCCGAAUGACAAGCUUCAAUCGUGUGCAGAAUGCAUCCAAAAGUCAAUCCAAUUCCACGUGCUCGAAUAUUUCCACUGGUGGCAAGAAGAAAAAGAAGCAUCAGCAGACGACGUCGUCGUCUUCUGUGGACGCUCCAACUGGUUUCUCGAUGUUGAGCAUCUUUCAGAGAAAGAAGACGGCGACGCCGACGGAGAAGAGCGAGGGAGUGUGA